AUGAUGGAAGCGGAUCGCCCAGAGAAGCUUUUCAUUGGGGGCCUCAGCCUCAAAACCGACGAGAAAGCCCUCAAGGCCGAGUUUGGCAAGUAUGGCCGCAUCAUCGAGGUGUUCCUGAUGAAAGACCGAGAAACCAACAAGUCGAGGGGCUUCGCGUUCAUCAUCUUCGAAAGCCCUGCAGACGCCAACGCCGCCGCCAGAGAUAUGAACGGCAAGUACCUAGAUGGUAAGGCCAUCAAGGUGGCCCUGGCCAUCAAACCAGCAUUCAAGAGCAGCCGGUGGGUCCCGCCAACCCCUGGCAGCGGCGGUCGCUCGAGGUUCUCACACGGAACCAGUGGGGGUGGCAGCAGCCCACAGCAAUCCCCCUCUCGGGGCGGGCCCGAUGAUGGCCGCGGCUACGCGGGGUAUUUCGACCUGCGGCCCUACAGGGCCCUGAUGCCCAGGAAGCGCGGGCCGUCGUGGCACUGGGCCAGCCCACCCCACAAGAGGGCCGCGCCAUCGAGCCUGGCUCGCAGCAUUGGCGGUGGAAUGCGCGGGAAGGCACCGACCAUGUCGGGGAGAGAUGGCUACUCAGGCUUGCAGCGACCGCACUGGGCCGGCGCACCCCGCAAGAGGGCUGCGCCCCCGUCGAGCCUGGCUCACAUUGGCGGCAAUGGAAUGCCUGGGAAGGCCCCGGCCCUGUGGGGGCAAGAUGGCUACUCAGGCCCGCCGGUCCGGGAGCCGCUGCCCCCAUGCCGCGACCCUGGGGAUUUUGUCCCCGCGCUCAGAGAGUACAGCCGCCGCUAUUAUGGCCACUCCAGUGUCCCUGACUACCAUCCCUUGGGAGGCGACGGCAACCAAAAUGGCUACAGGGGUCGUGACCAUGACUACGCAGGUCAUCCCAGCAAAGGCUCCUACCGAGAGCCCCUCGAGAGCUACGGAGGCCCAUGCGGCGGUGCCCCUGGGUGGGGGAAACCGCCAUCUUAUGGAGGAGGAUGCCGCUACGAGGAGUAUCAGGGCCACUCGCCUGAUGCCUACAGCGGGGACUGCUCGUACGAGGCCUUGCCCGUCACCUUGCCAGACGCCUCCAGCGGGGACCGCUCGCCCAAAGCCUAUAGCGGGGGCCGCGGCGGUUCCAGUAACGGUUAUGGCCGGAGCGACCGCUACGGAGAAGGCCGCUACAAGGAGUACAGAGGCUACUCACUCGAUGCCAACAGCGGAGGCCGCUCGCCCGACACCUACAGCGGGGGCCACAACAGUUCCAGCUGGAGCAACCGCUACAGAGGAGGAGGCCACUACGAGGAGUACCGAGGCCGCUCCCUCGAUGCCAACAGCAGAGGCCACUGGCCGGACGCCUACAGCGGGGGCCACGGCAGUUCCAGCCAGAGCAACCGCUACGGAGGAGGAGGCCGCUACAAGGAGUACCGAGGCCGCUCGCUAGAUGCUAACAGCGGAAGAUACUCGCCCGACGCCUACAGCAGGGGCCAUGACAGUUCCAGCUGGAGAGACUUCUACGGAGGAGGAGGCCGCUAUGGAGGAGGAGGCCUCUCUGAGGAGAACCGAGGCCACUCUCUGGAUGCCAACAGCAGAGGCCGCUCGCCCGACGCCUACAGCGGGGGCCAUGAUAGUUCCAGCUGGAGCGACCGCUAUGGAGGAGGAGGCCGUUAUAAGGAGUACCGAGGCCACUUGCUGGAUGCCAACAGCGGAGGCCGCUCGCCUGACGCCUACAGCAGGGGCCACGACAGUUCCAGCUGGAACAACCGCUAUGGAGGAGGAGGCCGCUAUGACAACAGAGGCCACUCUCUGGAUGCCAACAGUGGAGGCCGCUCGCACGAAGCCCACAGCGGGGGCCACGACAGUUCCAGCUGGAGUGACCACUACAGAGGAGGAGACCACUACGAGGAGUACCAAGGCUGCUCACUUGAUGCCAACAGCGGAGGCCACUCGCCCGACACCUACAGCAGGGGCCACGACAGUUCCAGCUGGAGCGACCGCUACUGAGGAGGAGGCCGCUACGAGGAGUACCAAGGCUGCUCACUUGAUGCCAACAGCGGAGGCCACUCGCCUGACACCUACAGCGGGGGCCACGACAGUUCCACCUGGAGCCACUGCUAUGGAGGAGGAGACUGCUACGAGGAGAACCGAGGCCACUCUCUCGAUGCCAACAGUGGAGGCCACUCACCCGAGGCCUACAGCGGGGGCCGCGACAGUUCCAGCAACAGUUACGAGCAGAGCCACUGCUAUGGAGGAGAAGGCUACUAUGAAGACUACCAAGGCCCCUCGCCUGAUGCCUACAGUGGAGGCCGCGACAGUUCCAGCAACAGUUACGACCAGAGCCACCGCUAUGGAGGAGAAGGCUACUACGAAGAGUACCGAGGCCCCUCGCCUGAUGCCUACAGUGGAGGCCGCGAAAGUUCCAGCAACAGUUACGAGCAGAGCCACUGCUAUGGAGGAGAAGGCUACUACGAAGAGUACCGAGGCCCCUCGCCUGAUGCCUACAGUGGAGGCCGCGACAGUUCCAGCAACAGUUACGAGCAGAGCCACCGCUAUGGAGGAGAAGGCUACUACGAAGAGUACCGAGGCCCCUCGCCUGAUGCCUACAGUGGAGGCCGCGACAGUUCCAGCAACAGUUACGAGCAGAGCCACCGCUAUGGAGGAGAAGGCUACUACGAAGAGUACCGAGGCCCCUCGCCUGAUGCCUACAGUGGAGGCCGCGACAGUUCCAGCAACAGUUACGAGCAGAGCCACCGCUAUGGAGGAGAAGGCUACUACGAAGAGUACCGAGGCCCCUCGCCUGAUGCCUACAGUGGAGGCCGCGACAGUUCCAUCAAGAGUUACGGCCUGAGCGACCGCUACGGAGGAGGAGGCCGCUACGAGGAGUACCGGGGCAGCUUGCCCGACACCUACAGUGGCGGCCGCAACAGAUCCAGCAACAGUUACGGCCGGAGCAACCGCUACUUGAGGGGCCAAGACCGGGUAGGCAGACCGGAUUGUGGGCUCCCUCUGCCCAUGGAAAGGGGCAGCCCUCCCCUGCAUGAUUCUUACAGCCGGUCGGGCUGCAGGGUGCCCAGGGGCGGAGGCCGUCAAGGAGGCCGCUUGGAGAGGGGGGAAGGCUGGAGCAGAUACUAA